AUGUCCAAUGUCUUGGUGAUCCUGGAGAGAAAUCUUUCUCAUAUCGACGGCCAAUUUGUUGUCGGCUGCAUGAACGAUGAUGCCCGCGAGACAAAGUGCAAAGUGACUGUCAGGGUGGCGGCGCGGAACUCCGCGACAGAUAACCAAAAAGUGAUGUGUGCGUACGGCAAGGACAGCAACCCGCUGCACCAGCCGAUGACACUGAGCCGCUCACAGAACAGCUUCACGCUGGACAAGAUCCCGGAAAACGACGCGAAGAUGAUGCUCCAGUGUCAGAGAAAGGUGGAGGGCAACACGACUAAGAAGGUCAAAUCAGAUGCACUUGAGUCGAGUGUAUGUAGCGUCGAUGUGACGAUCGAAGGGGCGGGACCGCCCUGGGCUGGUAUGGAAACCGAUCGAACUAUGAUUCAGCGGCUGUCGCGUUGGAUCCACGGCUCCGCCACAGCUGUGCACCGCAACAUACAGCGGAAACCGUCUUCGGCGAUUCGAACGAUUCUGCUGACUGUGGCGCUGAUUGUCGUUGCGGCUGUGUCCUCCCACUACCAGUCGUCCCCUGCGUUUCUGGCUCUCGCGGCACAACAGAAAAGCGGCUGUACGACGGCUGGUGGUAGGACUCGGUGUACAUGUGAAUCGGACGCGGAACCCGUUGACCUAAUCUCAACCUCUAUCUCAGAGGAUGCAAAUGAGUUCGAAAUGCAGUGCAACACUGGAAUGAAGUUUGAGCCACGCGGGCUGAAAAACUCGUUUGCGUGCCCAGCAGGUACGGGGGAACUUGAAGAAUGCAAGUGCGACGAAAAGCCAGACCAACCUCACUGUUUGGAUAUCGAAACGCUGCUCUACGGGGCUCCCAAUUCGCUGCAGCGGACAGACGGUCAAGCUAAAGGGAAAGAAGGACCCUCAAAGGUUCUUAGUAUCCAGAGAGCAAAUUUUCUGUAUCUGGACGAAUAA